GGAGGCUACUCGGUAUGCUCUCUCUGGACACAGAUCUUUUUGUGAAUAUCUUUUGCAUUUCGACAGCUGUGCGAGUGACAAACUUUAGCGUAUGAGAGCAUGCAGGCCAAGAGCACUGCCUCCGACCGUAUCAGAUACGCUUCCAGCUUCGCAUUCGACCACAUCAUACGAUCUUUGUGUUUUACCAGGCAACAGAAUCUCAAGAUAUGUCGAACGCUAGUACUUUCAAAGUCAGACAACUUGGGAGCGACGAGGUCUUCGAGAGGCAUGACAUCUUCAUCAAUCCUAACUCUUUGGAUGCUCCUCCCACGGGAGCUUCAAUAGACCCGGACCUUAUCGCUUUUCACCAGGCCUUCCCAGAAUCAAAGGCUACUCCUCUGAUAGAGCUUCCACAAGUAGCCCAAGAACUGGGUAUCGGCCAUGUAUACGUCAAAGAUGAGAGCCUCAGAUUUGGCUUGCCUUCAUUCAAGAUCUUAGGAGCUUCCUGGGGCGUCUUCAGAGCCGUAUGUGAAAAGACGAGUCUUCCUUCAUCUUCGUCUCUUGAAGAAGCCGGACAUGCGGCUCAGAAGGCGGGCAUCAGUCUCGUUACCUGUACAGAUGGUAAUUGGGGCAGGGCCAUCGCACGCACGGCCAAAUACUUGGGUAUCAAAGCCACUAUUCAUGUGCCCAAGACUAUGGAUGAGGCAACUCGAGCGAAACUACGCGAUGAGGGCGCUAUCGUCAAUGCGGUCAAUGGAAGUUAUGACGACAGUAUCGCAGCUGCCAUGAAAGAGUCAGAAAGCUCAAAGUCAAUGCUUGUGAUGGACACUUCUUGGGAGGGCUUCGAAAGGAUGCCAAAGUGGGUUGUAGAAGGUUAUGCCACUAUGCAUGCUGAGGUUGAUCGACAGCUUGAGGAGACCUGCGGUAAAAGACCAAACCUGUGUAUCGCGUCUGUCGGUGUUGGGUCGUGGGCUCAGUCGGUCGUCAAUCAUUACACAGAGGAUGGGUCAUCAACCAAAAUCGUCACUGUCGAGUCAGAAGCAGCACCCUGCUUGAUGGAAAGUCUUCACAACAAGAAGAUCGUCUCAGUCGAAACAGGGUCAACGAUCAUGGAUGGCAUGAAUUGCGGCACCGUCUCUACUAAUACAUGGCCAACUCUGAGCACCGGCGUCUAUGCCUCCGUGGUAGUCAAUGAUCUCGAGUCUCAUCGAGAUGUUCUCUAUCUGAACAAUCAUGGUGUGAACGCAGGUCCUUGUGGAGCGGCUCCGUUGGCAGCUUUGAGGAAGCUUCACAAGAGAGGCGUGUUGCUACCAGAUCCUGAAGCUGUGGUUGUCUUGUUCAGCACCGAAGGAUAUAGAGACUACGUCGUACCUGCCUCGACCUAGGUUUCGAGACUUGUUGAAGGACUGAUCUCAGUGGACGGCUCCGCCGAUCUCAGAGACAUUGUGCGUUUUGAAGCACAAGCGGACGCGUCAUGGUCAAAUGCUUGUCAGAACGUGGUCGUCGAGACUUGUGCUGCUGGUGAAACCUUCAAUGCGCUUUGUCGAGCUCAGUGUAUAUUUCUACCUUGAUCGUACAUCGCAAGUCUCAACACGACUUUGCACAUUUGUUUGUGCCGCGCGUCAAGUUCAAUACUUCACCGAGUCUCUUUGAUCCAGAUACUUAAAUUCUUCAUGGCUUGAGAGUUCAUUCAGCUUGUUGACGGG